CCGAACAAUAGCGGCGACGCGAGAAUUCCACGACUAGAGCAACGGUCACUGUCGAAUCGAGCAAGCCCAACGAUGUCGACAUGCCUUGCCACUUUGCAGCGAGAAGUCCUGACAUGCCGCGACCUCUUGGCCACGAUCGCGCUGUUUCAACAUGGGUACAUUGAAGCAUUCGUACCUCUGGCCCAAUACGGAACAGCGCCCCACCCCAUCACGUUGGACGCAAUAGCAUCCAUUCAAUCGUUGCUAACGCCGUGGCUGGCCCUGCACGGACAUGAUCUACUUCCUCGACUGUACAAAGUCUUGCCAGCCAUACGCCGUGUUGCCGUCAUCUUUGCCAUCGCCACGCCGCAUUGGUUUCAUCUUGUGGAUGCCUUGGGCGACGAUGCAAAAGUUCUCCAUGACUCGGACGACUUGAUCGUGAUCGCCGCCAUGAGUGGCCAAGUCGCGUCGAUUUGCAAAUUGCAAGCCCGACAACUUGGCACGAUCCAAGAGUCGGCCAUGGUGGCGGCAGCCACGCAUGGACACUUGAAUGUUGUGAUAUUCCUGCACGCGACCUUGGCGCGGUCGCUAGGCCCUCAAGCGAUGGUCGGCGCGGCGGCGGGCGGACAUCUCGACAUUCUAAAGUUUUUCCACACGCACCAAUGCGACGACGUGUGGUCCACGGACGUCAUGGACGCGGCCGCAGCCCACGGCCACUUGGAAACGGUGCAAUUUCUCCACUUGCAUCGAUCCGAAGGAUGCACGACAACGGGCCUCCUCAUGGCCGCUCGACAUGGUCACGUCCACGUGGUGCAAUGGUUCCAUGCGCAUCGAAAGCACUUGUGGCGGGACAGCCACGUCAUGACCCAAGCAGCGCGAGGCGGUCACGUCUCGAUUCUGCGAUACAUCCUGGACAAAUCCCCUCGAGCCGGCUGCACCAUCGACGCCAUGGACACGGCCGCGACAUUUGGUCACCUCGACGUCGUGCAAUUCCUCCAUUCGCGCCGCACAGACGGGUGCACCGACGUUGCUUUGCGCGGCGCGAUCGCCAACGGCCACGACCACCUCGUCGACUACUUGAAGGUGCACGGUCCGAGCCUCAUUCACAGUCUGUGCUGCGUGUGUGGCUGUUACAAGCCGCGAAAUCAUGACUGCGCUGUGUACAACCACGUGAAAGGUCGCCAGCGCAUGGCAGCAGGACUCUCGAGAUAGUGGAAUCGAAAUGAGCCCAACAACGUUGACACUUGCGUUUUCCAUUCAACCAUCGGCCCCUCUGAACGUCGAUCGCGCCAACCUGUGGGCGAGAUGCAAAGGUGAGCGUGACUUGCACGGCAGUUUGCACGAGCCUGUGGAAUCGAGCAUGCCAUGGCGUUUAGAUUAAUU